AUGUGGACGGCGGAGCUGAGCUGCAUUUUCGUAUUAUUCGGUGUAACAGCUGGCGGCGGGGGCUGGGAGCCUCUCGGGCAGCCAUACUUCGACAACAGUACGAAGCGCGAGGCUACCGCCGCCGUGGGGCAGCCCGCGUAUCUGCAUUGUAGAGUGCGCAAUCUUGCUGAUAGAGCGGUAUCCUGGAUCCGUAAAAGAGACCUACAUAUUCUAACUGUGGGAGUGCAUACAUAUAGUAGCGAUGCCCGGUUUGCGGCGUUACAUGCGGACGGCUCGGACGAGUGGACGCUACGUGUGGCGCCGGCUCAACCGCGAGACUCUGGAGUCUACGAAUGCCAAGUAUCUACUGAGCCUAAAAUCAGCCUGUCCUUUCGACUCACCGUUGUCGUGUCGAAAGCUGAAAUUUUAUCUGGACCGGAGCUGUUCGUGAGAGCAGGGUCGGAUAUCAAUCUCACUUGCGUCGCAAAACACGCCCCGGAUCCGCCGAGUUUUAUAUAUUGGUAUCGGGGUGAACAAGUAGUGAAUUACGCCCAGCGCGGCGGCAUAAGUGUCGAGACUGAGCAGCGCACGCGCACCAGCCGCCUACUAAUAGCACGGGCAGCCCCUCACGACUCUGGCAACUACACUUGUGCCCCAAGCAGCUCUGAAUCUGCCUCGGUUAUAGUUCAUGUCUUGAGCGGGGAGCGACCGGCAGCCAUGCAGAGCUCCAGCCCACCGCCACCUCGUCUGAGUCCCACCGUCAUAGCGACUAUUGCCACCGCCUCCACGGUCCAUCGACGAACAAGUUGGCUGCCUGUCACCAUCUCUAUCCUCAUCUACCAGCUUACCUCAAUCUUCCUUAUCAUCGUUAUCUUUUUUACUAAUAUAGUUAUCCAAUUUAUCAUUCAUAAUACUUUGGGGUAUCCCACUCUACGUUCUUCGAGA